UUUGGGGUACCUUUAGAAUUUUCCAAUUUUCUAUCUCUUCUCCACGACUCCACAUAUUCUUUACUGCUAAGGUUUUCAUUCAACGUGAAAGAACGCUCCAGCCGAUCGAUUGACCCUUUUUCUUUGAAUAGAUUUGCGAUAAAUCUCAACCUCUUCUAACUUGAUGUUUCUCUUUAAGUUUAUACUCAAGUAGGGAUUUAUCCCGUUGACUGGCAUGGUGAGAUUCAAUAUUCACAAGACAGAACAACUUCAACCAAGGUGAAAGCAAUGUGGUAAUUAUAUUCGAAACAAUAUACGCCCCCUGCUUCUCCCAAUCGCACCGGUACCUCAUCCCUGCCCCGGAACCAAACCGUAACCUCACACCCAUCCACGCCUGCUCCCAUCGUUUUCGCCUUUGGCAACAAGGGUAGCCCAUUUUGAAGGCCCAAGAACAAUACAGCAUGCACACUGACCAAAGAAGCGUGAUUUCCCCGUGCUCCGCCUGUGCAGCCGUAGACGGCGGCCUUGUGAUACCAGCGACGGAUGCAAUUCGUUCAUUUCUCGUCGCUUCUACACAGGACUCUCACCUCGCUGAAGAUAUGAGAGACCUUGCUGCCUCACUCUCCCUGUUAGUCUCCAUUCCUUACAAACCUCUUCGAUCCGUAUGGAUGGGAUCGAACCCGACAAAAAGACCCGAACUCCUCUCCCUUCUAUGUGGAACCGAUUUCAUGUUCCCUAGCCCCAAGCCAAGAGAAAAGAGCAAGGAGCUGAAGGCUCGGCUAAGAAAGCUUGUGGAGGCAUCGGAGAGGAAAGCCUAUGAGGAAUUGGUCAAGGACAUAACCCCCAGGAAGAAAGUGGAAGAGCCUUUCUCUUCUUACAAGGAUCAAUUGGGAUUCGGCUUGCAUGUUGUGCUUAUUAUGUUCACCGGCUUUUUGGUUGGAUAUGCUGCUUUCAGGGCAUUGUUUAGUCACAGUCCAGCCAUGAGUGCUGCUGGUGGUAUCCUCGGAUUGGUUGUAGGCAUGUUGGUUGAAACCCUUCUUUUCGUUGUUAGAACUACUAGUAUGGAUCGAAGAUCCAGUUUUACUUCUCAAGCGAAAAAGAAUCAGUGAAGUUCACCAUAAGGUUGUGUUUGGAAUGCAGAACAUGGUACGUGAAGGCAAAAAAUGUUUAAAAGAUUGAGAUAUGUUUAGAUUUUUAGUUUUAUCAUAGAAAUAGAUUAGUUAAAUGAGCUAGAACCAGUAUAAAAGAAAUAAAUAUACUUCGGAUGAACAAAUAUUUUUUUCAUCACGUUUUCUCUCCUUCCCAAAUUCCCUAUUGUUUCUUCUGUGUUUAUUUCCCUAUUCCAGCAUUUAGACAUUUGUGGUUUGAUGUUUUCUGCUAUUUGAACUGCAAAAAGUUUAUAUAUGUUUGGCAAUUGUGAUAUAUUAAAUUAAGGCCAUCGUCUUAUCUCUA